AUGAAUAUCCGUGAUCCCUGGGAUUUUUCGGAUAUAACUGGUUGCAACACGCUCAAGUGCGCCAAUUUUGAUUAUGGGUGCAACAGGGGUCGUGCGGAUAAUGGCAUUUUAUUUCUCGAUGAAAUCGGCGAGCUAGGGUUGGAUGAGCAAGCCAUGUUGCUCAAAGCCUUGGAGGAUAAGUCAUUCUUUCCUGUAGGAAGUGAUAAAGAGGUUCAGGCUGACUUUCAGUUGAUUGCUGGAACCAAUCGAGAUUUACGUGAGGAAGUCCGUGCAGGGCGGUUCCGUGAAGAUCUAUGGGCUCGCUUAAAUACAUGGACCUUCUUUUUACCGAGCUUAAAAGAUCGUGUGGAAGAUAUUGAACCGAACAUCACCUUUGAGUUACAGCGUUUUGCUGUUGCGCAUCAACGGCAGUUACACGCCAGUUGGCAAGGGAAUUUUCGUGAUUUAACUGCAAGCGUGACACGUAUGGCGACUUUAGCCAAUGGUGAGCGUAUUGGUUUACAUGAAGUAAAUGCUGAGAUUGGCCGACUACAACAAAUUUGGAAUAUUGCUGAAAAUAAAGAGGCUUUAACCCAAUCGUCACUGAUGAAAAUUUUAAGUGCUGAACAAGUGGCGCAGAUUGAUGAAUUUGAUCGUAUUCAAUUGCAGGGGGUGAUUGAUGUUUGCCAAAAAUCGAAAUCCAUGGCCGAUGCUGGACGGCGUUUAUUUUCUGUAUCUCGCGAGCAAAGACAAACCACCAACGACAGCGAUCGCGUGAAAAAGUAUUUGGCGAAAUUUGGUUUGAGUUGGGAUGAUGUGAACGGAUAA